UUAAGCCGUUGUACAUUACCGAAUAAUACACUAGUGAACAGGGAGAAAGAGAGAGAUAAGGUAUUCUGGUAAUCGGUGAUUUGCAGGUCUUCCUGAAACACGACCUCUAUGUGAAGCUAUAUCAAUCAGGAGAUUUAGAAGCUGAGGAAACUAGCGAAAGCGGGGAAGUGUGUAACCUACCCACAUGUGUCAGCAGAUAGUGAGGCAAUGACUGCUAGUUAUGAAAGAAGAAAUUGAGUGGGCCACGAAGAAUCGUAAAGUGAUGCGUUAAGAGUGGCGGCCAUAUCCACAGCGUGUCGGUGACGAAGCCUUUCACGUGAGAUAGCACCGCAAUUUUGCCUCUCUCCCAAGCACACGUGUUUACUUCUCAGUAAAAUCUCGUCUAGUCUCUCGGACCUUGCAGGAAGCUCAACAAUCGAAGUGUUGUUGCAAUUUUCUUUUCGUCACGCACAUCACUUUGGACUUGAUCACUAGAAGUCGAGAAAGAUCAGAAAGAAAGUCGAGUAAGUUUUAGGGUGAGCUGAUAGAGAGGGAGACAGGGUUUUGAGCGAGGAGGUUUCGCGUUACAACGUGUGAGGAGAUGUCGCUCUUGACAUGUGAUGUGUGCGAUGCACACGAGGAGCAGCUCACAUCCGGCGAUCUCCAAGUGCUCACUCCCGGCACUUUACAAGCCUUUGGUCAGAAACGCAUAUUUUCGGGGCGAGUAGUCACUGUGAAGGUCUUCGAGGACAAUGUUCUGGUUCGCAGCACGCUGGAGGAGCCUGGGAAUGGGAGAAUCCUCGUUGUCGAAGGCGGCGGCAGCCUGAGAACCGCGCUUGUGGGAGGUAACGUUGCAAAGCUGGCCGAGACGAACGGCUGGGCGGGGCUUGUGAUUUUUGGGUGCGUCCGCGAUGUAGACGAGAUCAACGAGUGUGCCGUUGGGGUACGAGCUCUGGCUCCCUGUCCCGUGAAGAGCAAGAAGAACGGCGUCGGCGAGAAGAACGUCGUGGUGACCUUUUUGGGUGCCACUAUCCGACCCGGAGAUUUCUGCUGGGUCGACAACGAUGGCAUCCUCGUGUCGACGUCUGUAGCUCCAAGCAAUCUUUGAGCCCUUUUUAUUACACUCCUUGCAUCUCGCCACCGAAAAAAUAAAGCUAUGCGAAACUAUCCAUUGUGUGUGCUUUGUACCCAUCUGAAGCAGUUUCGACUGCUGUGCUUGCAGCCAUGGUUGAAGUCUCCCAGGGUCGAUUCCAUGCUUCAAACUAGAGCCUACCCAGUUCCGUUUUCAUGAAUUCAGUUGCUUCACUCAACACCCACUUCGGCGAAUCGGACACAUCUACGCUUGGGCCUCGACUCCGAAGAGAAUUCUGAGCGAUCCCUCGCAGUGUUUCGUGCAUGGUAGAAUCCACAUGCGGCGUAGAAUCCAAGGUGGGCACCAUUCAAAAAGUGCCAUUUCCUGCACUCGUCUUGGAAAUGGAUUUGAGGAAAUCAUCUGUAAAGGAUCCAUGUGAUAAAUUUUCAUUUUCAGGGAUUGGGCCUUA